AUGGAGCUCCGACAGGAUUCCUAUGUCACACUCAAUGAUGGACAUAAAAUGCCAGUAGUUGGUUUUGGCACCUAUGCCCCACAGAAGUUUGACAAGAACUUGGCAGAAAAUGGAGUAAAGGUGGCCCUGGAAGUUGGGUAUCGUCACAUUGACUGUGCUUUCAUCUACGGGAAUGAGGUUGAGGUUGGGAGAGCUAUAAAUGAGAAGAUUUCAGAUGGAACGGUGAAGAGAGAAGACAUAUUCUACACUGGGAAGCUCUGGUCCUCUUUCCAUGCCCCAGAGAGAGUUCGUCCCGCUCUUGAGAAAUCUCUAAAAGAUCUUCAGCUGGAUUACAUAGAUUUAUUUAUCAUUCAUAGUCCCAUCGAAGUCAAGCCAGGAGAUGAUCCUUUCCCCAAGGAUGAAAACGGAAAAUUAAUUUAUCACAACACAGACAUUCGGGACACUUGGAAGGCUCUGGAGGAGUGUAAAGAUGCCGGGUUGGUUCGAUCCAUAGGAGUUUCCAAUUUCAAUAAGAGACAGCUAGAGCUAAUCCUGAACAAUCCAGAACUAAAGUACAAACCAGUCUGCAACCAGGUGGAAUGUCACAUUUACCUAAAUCAAAGUAAACUUCUGGAGUUCCUCAGGUCACAUGGUAUUGUGCUGGUGGCGUACAGCGUAUUGGGCUCAAGCAGGGAUGAGACAUGGAUAGACCAGAAUUCUCCAGUUCUAUUAGAAGAUCCAGUGCUAAAUGCCGUAGCGGAAAAGCUUGGCCGGACCCCUGCCCAAGUGGCAAUGAGAUACCUGCUGCAGAGGGGCAUUGUUGUCCUAGCAAAGAGCUUCACCCCAGCCAGGAUCAAGCAGAACUUUCAGGUCUUUGACUUCCUGUUAAGCAAUGAAGAAAUGAAGACUCUAGAUGGAAUAAACAAAAAUAUGCGUUAUAUAAGUACAGUCCAAUGGCAGGAUCAUCCAAAGUACCCCUUCCAUGAUGAAUAUUAAAAGAAUACGGGCACAUUUUUUAUGCAAGAAUCCGUGGACCUUACAUCAGAUUAUUCUUCAUGGGAAGCCACAAUAUGCUGCAUAGUAGUAAAUUAAUAAAAAAUACAGAUUAUUUAGUAUGGACUUUUCUUGGAACCUAUUUAGGUCCACCUAAUCACAAAGUUGACACUGAGCAUAAAGCAUUACAGAAGCGCACUACACUUUAAAGGGGUUUUCCCAUCUGCCAGUUUUACCUGCUCAUCCAGCUCCCUCCUCUUGCCUGCACUUGUG